GAAAGAGAAGCGAAGUUGUCCUGCUGGCCGCCAUUAAACAAUUCAAUCCCUGAAGUGAAAGAAUGGAAUGAUCUGGAUCUGGACUUCAAUCUGGAUCCGGAUGUCCCCAGGCCCCAAGACCAUGAGCAGUCUCGCAAUCGCUUGAAUCGGUUUCCCUGGGACUUGGAACUUUCUAAUGUAUUUCGCGCAGCAGUGGCUGUGGUACGAAUUGUUUGAUAACGGUGGAGCUAACUAUGCUAACUGGCUAAUAAGAGUUCCUUCACAUCACUCACUAGCUAACGGUAGCAUUAGCACAGACUCGUCGUUAAAGGCUUUACUUUGUACUGUUUCCCUUUUACACUGUUUAAAGUUUUUAUCUUUAUUGUUAAAUCAACUUUUUAAUUCUUAAAUUUGAACUAUAGUGUCAUGUGAGAACGGAACCGUUUGACGGUUGAAGUCAUGUUAGCAGUAGGCUAGCUCUGGGCAUCGUCAAACAAUACAUUUCUAAUGGGAGUUAGCGGCUAACUGCUAACUGGGCGCUUCAAAGACUGUGAUUUCCAAAACAAAUCAAAAAACACAAACUGCAGUGAAUAGGGGCUCACUGAGAGUGACCGCUGUAAUUGCUCAUUCUGAUCCUCGGACCAUGGACCUGAGAGCUUCGGCACCGCAUUGACACAGGAUGAGUUCGUGCUUUGUAGCAAACGGGGCCAGUUUGGAGGACUGCCACUCCAACCUCUUCUGUCUGGCUGAUUUGACUGGAAUCAAGUGGAGGCGUUUUGUAUGGCAGGGCCCCACCUCCUCACCCAUCCUGUUCCCUGUGACGGAGGAGGAUCCAAUACUCUGCAGUUUCAGCCGCUGUUUGGCGGCCGAUGUGCUGAGUGUGUGGAGGAGACACCACACCCCGGGCCGCAGGGAACUCUGGCUUUUCUGGUGGGGGGACGACCCAAGCUUUGCUGAACUUAUCCAUCACGAUCUAUCCAGUGAGGAGGAUGGCGAGUGGGAGAGCGGCCUGUCGUACGAGUGUCGAACACUCCUGUUCAAAGCCAUCCACAACCUUCUGGAGCGAUGCCUCAUGAACCGCGGCUUUGUCCGCAUCGGCAGGUGGUUUGUGAAACCAUACCAGAAGGAUGAGAAGAGCAUUAACAAGAGCGAGCAUCUGUCGUGUUCCUUCAACUUCUUUGUACACGGCGACAGCAAUGUGUGCACCAGUGUGGAGAUCGCUCAACACCAGCCUUUGCAGUGGCUGAAUAAGGAGCACCUCAGCGUUGCCCAACAGAGCUCCAGCCCCCUGCAAGUCAUUCUCAGCCCAUAUGGUUUAAACGGGACCCUCACCGGUCAGGCUUUCAAGAUGUCAGACCACCCCACUCAGAAGCUCAUUGAGGAGUGGAGGCAGUUCUAUCCCAUCAGCCCCAGUUCCAAGGAAAUCCAGGAAGAUAAGAUGGAGGACACGGAUUGGGAGGACGACUCCCUUGCAGCUGUGGAGGUUCUUGUUGCUGGCGUCAGGAUGGUGUAUCCCUCCUGCCUGGUGCUCCUCCCUCUGUCAGACCUCCCUGCUGUGGUCCCUCAGGGCUCGCUCAACACCUCAGGAAGUCUGUGUGUGGCUCAACAGGGCCAGGCAGUACACAGAGACCCUGCCAUGUCCUCUGUCACUCUGACUCCUCCAACAUCUCCAGAGGAGGCUCAGACUGACUAUCAGCCUGCCUACAAGUGGCUCAAGUUGUCAUCGGCCUCUGAUGGCUACAGCAACAACAACAUGCUCCAUGGUGGAAAAAUCCCUCGAAGGCUGGUCAGCCACAUGGUGGAGUCGGUGUGGCAGGAGUACAACAUCAAUCGCACAGAUAACAAGAGGAAGUUUACAUCCUUGACAAAUGGAAACUGUGAGGAGGGGCCUGAUAAAACCGGACAGUGGGGUUUUGUAGAAUCGUCUCAUAGACCCCAUUGCAACUGCUUAAGACAUAAGAAUCAGAAGCAGCGAUCCAGCAGCACCUCAGCCCACCUGCCAGCAUCAGGUCCAGCUCCUCUUCUUGCUCCCAAACACAAGAUGGGAGACAAGCUGGAGAAGGUGGAGAAGCAGCAGAAGAGGCCACAGACACCUUUUCACCACCGCAACUCUGUGUCUGAGGAUCAGUCCUUAGAGCCACAGACCCAGAGGCUUUGUCUCAGGCCUCAGGAUGAGGCCACCUACCCCAGCCUACACCAUGUGGACGCAGCAGCCUCCUCUAAAGCUCCUGUUCUGCAUUCCCACGGUCCUCCCUCAGACCUCACAGGCUCCCCACCGCCUCCUCCUCUCAGCCCCCAUCCCUGUGAUCAGAGUGAAGGUGACGGGACCUCGUGUGGAGCAAAAAACUCAUCCACGCCUGUUCACCAGACUUUCUAUCCCCCCUCAGUGGAACCCUGCCUACUGCCACAGAAGAGUUUGUCUGAGGAGCCUCCGUUGGAGAACCUGCUCCUUCCCCUUCCUUCAGCCUACAGUGAAAGUCAUGAACCUACUGUCUUUAUAGGAUCAGCCAUAAAUCCCAAUGAAGAUUCUUCCCACAAUCCCUGGAAGUACUUCAAGCUGCCCAGGAAGAAAGCCACCAACUUUAUGACCCCUCAGCUGCCGGUAGAUAGAUUUCGAGAAGAUUGUGGAGGAAAUUUAGGAUCGGAAAGUGUAGUAUCGGUGACUGAAGUCAUGUCUGGCUCCUCACACCAGUUGAAAGUGUCACAGGAACUGGUGAAGACCUACACCCAACGAAAGAGCAGCCAUUUGGCCCCUCCCACAGCGGACGAAGACCACAGUGAUGAGCCAGAUCCUUACGCUUUCGAAGAGGGUGACGACGAAUUCACCUUCACUGACAGGAAAGAAAAGUCUGGAGCUGACAGAGAAGGAAACAGGAAACACAAGGUGGAAGAAGGAACUGGAAAUUCAGCAGAUGAUGGUCAGGGCCCAUCUGGUACAAAAUCUUUGGCCUCCACUAGUCUCAUCCACGAGAACGACCUGGCCGUGUCCUUCAGUGACCUAGACAAAAUAUUUAACUCCGACGAAGAUGAGUUGACGCCUGGAUCUAAAAGAACUGGAGCUGCAGCUGAGGACAAGUUUGGCUGUAAAGAAGCCAAAGCCACCACUCUGGACUCUCUGUCUUCCAUAAGCUCAGUCGAUCUGCACCAGAUGUUUCCAACACCUCCAUCCUUAGAGCAGCAAGGAUACUCCCCCAUGAACUCCAGCAGCAAAGAGAGCCUGGAAGCAGGGGCGGGCCUGGUUCUGAUGGAUGGAAGCCAGCUCAACACCCACUUCAAAAUGGAGGUGGAGGAGGGAUUCUGUAGCCCUAAGCCUUCUGAGAUCAAGGACUUUUCUUUUGUGUACAAGCCGGACACGUGUCAGUCAUUGAUUGGCUGCUCCAUGUAUGCUCCUCUGAAGUCACUGCCCAGCCAGUGCCUGCUGCCCAUCAAACUGCCAGACAACUGCUCCUACACGCCCAGCUGGACCCUGGGUAAAAUGGACCUGAUGGCACCAGUGACAAACGUCAACCUCCUGACCAAAGACAGUAAUGUUCCCAGUGUGGAACCAGACUACAGUCAGAGCUACACCCCUCAGACACACACACCCUUUAUAUCCAGCAGUGCUCCACCCAGUAACAGUGGUGCAGGAAUCUUGCCAUCUCCAGCCACGCCACGAUUCUCCGUACCUACGCCUCGCACACCGCGUACACCACGGACUCCCCGUGGACCGUCUAGUGUCCAGGGCUCCCUCAAAUAUGACAACUCUGACCUCUACUCCCCUGCCUCCACCCCUUCCACCUGCCGGCCUCUGAGUUCAGUGGAGCCAGCCACUGUCCCUUCUAUCCCUGAGGCCCACAGCCUCUUCGUCACCCUCAUCCUCUCUGAGUCGGUAAUGAACCUCUACAAGGACUGCAACUUUGACAGCUGCUGCGUGUGUGUCUGCAACAUGAACAUCCGAGGUGCUGACGUGGGUGUGUACCUCAAAGACAACGGUGAGGCCCAGUAUCCCUGCACCUGCGGCUUCAGCGCAGUCACCAACCGUCGUUUCGGACAGUCCGCGGGGCUCUUCCUGGAGGAUGAGCUGGACGUGGUGGGUCGAGGCUCGGAUGCGAGCCGGGACACCGAGCGUUGUUUUGAGGAGCUCCGUGCUUCUAUGACGAACCAGGUCAGUGGCCUGAAGGAGAAGCCUCCGGAUGAGCUGAUCCUGCUGCUGCAGGACCAGUGCACCAACCCCUUUGCCCCAAUGGCAGGAGUGGAGUACCCAAAAGCCAGUGCCACCCACAGUUCAUUCUUGAGAGUUGGGGAGAGAGACUGUUACAACGACUGCUACAUGGCCCUGGAGCACGGCCGGCAGUUCAUGGACAACAUGUCGGGAGGAAAAGUGGAUGAAGCGCUGGUGAAGAGCACCUGUCUCCAUCAGUGGCCAAAAUGUAAAUCUGCAGAUAUGAGCAAGCUUUUCUCUCAGGACGUCCUGCGUGUCCUGCUGUCCCUCCAGCCUGUCCUGCAGGACACCAUCCAGAAGAAGAGGAGUGUCCGCUCCUGGGGUGUUCAGGGACCACUCACCUGGCAGCAGUUCCACAAGAUGGCCGGCAGGGGGUCAUAUGGCACUGAUGAGUCUCCUGAACCUCUGCCCAUUCCCACCUUCUUGGUGGGCUACGAGUACGACUUUGUGGUUCUGUCUCCAUUUGGUCUGCCUUACUGGGAGAAACUUCUUUUGGAUCCUUUUGGCUCCCAGAGAGACAUUGGUUACGUCGUCAUCUGCCCAGAAAAUGAGGCUCUGCUCCACGGGGCCAAGAUCUUCUUUAAAGAUCUGUGUGCUAUGUAUGAGGCAUGCCAGCUGGGACAACACAGACCCAUCUGUAAAAACCACCCUGAUGGCAUUCUUAAGGUCGGUACCACAGAGGGAAGGAACCUGCCAGAGCAGCCCCUCAGUGACUGGUUGAUCAAGGUCUCGUCCAGAGAGGGAAACAAUGAUUCCAUUAAUAAGCUCAAACUCUUUGCCCAAGUGUGUCGCUACGACCUAGCUCCAUACCUGUCAGAGCAGAUUCUAGACAGCUCACUCUUGUCCCAGCGCUGCUCCUCCUCUCAGACCUUCAGUUCCUCAGGACUUUCCAACGCUAGCUCUGCAGUGCCCCCUCAGCUUGGCAGUGGUGGGGCUGCUCCUUCAUCGUCCUCAGGCUCACAGACCACCUCAGCCAAGCCUGGCUCCUACUCUCCCUUUGGAUCUACAGUUUUGCAGGGUGGUGCCUCACAUAAUGGACUGCAGCCCCCACAGCAGGGGGUAGCAGGGCUUUCAGAGAAUGGAGCAUCGACCAAUCAAACACAAGGUUCCAGUGAGACACCAGAGAGCACAAUGGAACGGGACAAAGUGGGCAAGCCUACAGACGGAGAAUCCCAUGCUGUGUCCUACCCUCCAGCCAUUGUGGUCUACAUUGUGGACCCCUUCAGCUACAUGGACGGGGACAGAGAAGUCCACUCCAGCACCUUCACUCUGGGUCUUCUGCGCUGCUACAUGGAUAUGCUACACUUCUUACCUGCCCACAUCAGACAUGCAGUCUCUGUGCAGAUUGUUCCCUGUCAGUACCUGCUGCAGCCGGUGCACAGUGGUGAGCGUCAUCUCUAUGGUCAACACCUCAAAUCUCUGGCCUUUUCCGUCUUCACCCAAUGUCGGCGACCUCUGCCAAACUCUACCAACUUCAAGACUCUGACAGGCUUUGGCCCUGGGCUGGCCCUCGACACCGCUCUAAAGAAUCCUGAGAGGCCCGAGUGUCUUCGUCUCUACACGCCACCCUUCAUCUUGGCUCCGGUCAAGGACAAGCAGACGGAGCUUGGAGAGACGUUUGGCGAAGCAUCACAGAAAUACAACGUUCUGUUCGUGGGUUACUGCCUGUCACAUGACCAGCGCUGGCUCCUAGCCUCGUGUACAGACCAGCACGGAGAACUGCUGGAGACCUGCAUCAUUAGCAUCGAUGUUCCCAACAGAGCUCGCAGGAAAAAGGGUUCAGCCAGACGACUGGGUCUGCAGAAGCUCUGGGAGUGGUGUCUUAGCCUGGUGCAGGUGACAUCACUGCCUUGGAGGGUCGUCAUUGGACGGCUAGGAAGGAUGGGCCACGGAGAGCUGAGAGACUGGAGCAUUUUGCUGAGCAGACGGAAUCUUCAGUCCCUCAGCAAACGCCUGAAGGAAACAUGUCGGAUGUGUGGAAUAUCCGCUGCUGACACUCCCAGCAUCCUCAGUGCUUGUCUGGUUGCCAUGGAACCACAGGGGUCUUUUGUGAUCCUUCCAGACUCUGUGUCGACUGGGUCAGUCUUUGGUCGCAGCACCACGUUGAACAUGCAGACGUCUCAGCUCAGUACACCUCAGGACACGUCUUGCACCCAUAUCCUGGUGUUUCCCACCUCAGCCAUGGUGCAGGUCAACACCAACACCACCGAGCCCAUCGACAUCAACUUUAAUCCUAUAAACCCUGAUGGAUCUGAUGGGAUGGGAAUCUUUGACCUGUUUGACAACGACAUGGUGGAUCCAGACCUCAUCAACAUCCUGCCUAACUCCCCUACCACCUCCCCUGUUCACUCCCCAGGCUCCCACUAUCAUCAGGGGGGAGAUGGAAUCAAGGGCCAGAGCACAGACCGAAUGGAGUCCCAUGAGGAGGCUCUAAAUAUCCUUCAGCAGCCCAUGGCUCUAGGUUACUUUGUGUCCACGGCCAAAGCAGGUCCUCUGCCGGACUGGUUCUGGUCCGCUUGUCCUCAGGCCCAAAACCAGUGUCCUCUCUUCCUCAAGGCAUCUCUACACCUGCACGUGUCCUCUGUCCAAUCAGAUGAGCUGCUGCACAGUAAACACUCCCACCCUCUGGACUCGAACCACACUUCAGAUGUUCUCAGAUUUGUUCUGGAACAAUACAACGCCCUCUCCUGGCUGACCUGUGACCCUGCCACACAGGACAGGCGCUCGUGUCUCCCCGUGCACUUUGUGGUUCUGACCCAGAUGUACAACUUCAUCAUGAACGUUCUCUAACACCUGGUGGUUGCUCUGCCCCUAUUCUGCCUCCAGCACCACCUUUUCUGUCUCCAUCCAAUCAGAUGCCAAGAAUCAAUUUCAGAGGUUUGGGAAGUGAGGAGAGGUCAGGAGGACGUUUGCUGAAGGAGAAUUAAGUGUUUUUAAAGAGCGUAGAUGAAAAUCUAGCAGAUUUUAUGAUGAGGAAAAAAUGCCUGCAUAUAAUUAUUUAUUCAAAAUUUUUAAAUGUGGAUUUUUUUAAAGAUCUUUUUAUAAAUAACAGAAAAUUCCCGGAAGCAUUUUAAAGAGCGACUGCCGGGACACAAAUGUGUUUACUCCUGACAUUUAGAAUCUUAUUUUUUCUAAAAAAUAAAAACCACUCAGUGUUUUUGCAGUUGGAAAAUGUGGACAGUGAACAAAAAACUGGACAAGAGUUUGUGUUGACAGGAAAAACUGAAGAUGAAUUAAAGGUACAAAUGUUGUCAGAUGAUCUAUUUUAUAUAAACAGAUUUAGGUAAGUUUGGGUAUGUGUGUGUGUGUGAGAGCGAGUGUGUGUAUAUUGUGUACAUAUAAUUGUGUGCCGCUACUGAAGGUGUAGCUUCUGUUUUAGAAUUAAAGUGCGUCUACAAACUUAAAAA